AUGACGUCGAAUCGAGCCGCAGUGCUCGUGCCGCCGUUCGUUAUAGGCGUCUUGACGGGCUUCACUUUGCUGAUGCUGCAGCAGUCACUGUCACCACGCUUUCCGAUAUCCUUUGACAGGGUAGAUACAGCAGCGGUUCAGGACGAACAGGCAUCGAUCGCGCCGGUUCGCAGUACAGGCAGCGGUUCGCGCCGGUUUGAAGCUCUUUCCUCGUUUGAGGAGCUCGUACCGUUUCGUUACAACACGAGCGCUGUAGUAGUGGACGGAAAGCUGAACGUACACUUGGUGGCUCACUCGCACGACGAUCUCGGCUGGUUGAAAACCAUUGAUCAGUAUUACGUCGACACGGUACAGUACAUCAUCGAGACCGUUGUUGACCAGCUUUCGGACAAUCCUGACCGCAAGUUCAUUCAGGUCGAGCAGGGUUUUUUCUAUCGUUGGUGGGAACGCCAGAACGAAUCAGUGCGGGAAAAAGUACGGAAGCUGGUGGAUUCUGGCCAAUUGGAGUUCAUCAACGGCGGGUGGGUGAUGCAUGACGAGGCGUGCGCGCACUACACGGACAUGGUGCAUCAGAUGGCCAUGGGGCACCGCUUCCUCAAGGCCACAUUCAACGUCACCCCGCGCAUCGCCUGGCAGAUCGACCCCUUCGGCCACUCCGCCACAGAAGCCAGCCUCAUCACCGCCCAGGCGGGGCUACAAGCAGUGUUUAUAGGGAGGGUGGACCAGCAGGAGAAGGAGGCUCGGUUGGCUGCCAGAACAAUGGAGUUUGUGUGGCGCGCUGAGGGGGCGACGCAGAGAGACAACCAGGUGCUGGGAAUGGUGUCGUAUGACGGCUACUACUCGCCCUCUCUGUUCCGCUACCAGGAUUCAGACGAUCCUUCUUCCCGCUUUCAGGACAAUCCCUAUGGGGGGACUCCCAACGUGCAGCGCCUGGUGGACGAGUUUGUCACGGAAGUGACCAAGAGGGCGGAUGGCUUUAAGACGAACCACCUGCUGUUCCCCAUGGGCGAGGACUUUGCGUUUGACCGAGCCAUCUCGUGGUUCAAGAACAUGGAUAAGCUCAUUCACUACGUCAACCUGGACGGGAGGGUGAACGCGCUCUAUUCCACGCCAUCCAUGUAUCUUGAUGCACUACACUCUGCCAAUGCCACGUGGCCUCUCAAGACUGGUGACAUGUUCCCCUAUCAGGACAGUGGCCCCUACUGGUCGGGCUACUUCAGCAGCCGCCCCUCCCUGAAGCUCCUCGCCCGCUCCUGCAGCGCCCUCCUGCUGGUGCGCUGCCCUCUCCACCUGCUCUUUUGA